AUGAUAAAUUUGAAUGAUAAGACGUUGAAUAAUUUAGGAGACCAGCAAAAAUGCCAUAGUAAUGCUUUGGAAUAUAUUUAUGAGACUGAAUUUAAUGAUGAUGAUGAUUUGACGAAACAGUUUGAAAAUUAUAUAGCAGAACCACAAUUAAGGUUCACAUUGGACCCCAAAGAAUGGUGGAAAACUAGAUUUUCUAAAUAUCCUGUAAUUGGUGACCUUGCAAAACAAUAUUUAACAAUUCCUGCAACAUCGGUAAGUUCAGAAAGAUGUUUUUCGACGGCCGAUAACAUCGUUUUUCGUAAAAGAGCAUCUUUAUCACCUGAAAACGUAAAUAUGCUUGUUUUUUUACACCAGAAUAAAUAUUUAUUGAAUAAAACAUGUUAA